AUGGACCCUCCUGGUGGGGGAGACGAACGGCGGAGACAGGCAGAGCGUCUUCGACGAGAGGAGGCAUAUUAUCAUUUCAUCAAUGAACUGAGUGAGGAGGAGUACCGCCUAAUGAGGGACAGCAACCUGCUGGGCACUCCUGGAGAGGUGACUGCUGAGGAGCUGCAGCAACGACUGGACGGAGCAAAGGAGCGUGUUUCAUCCCAGCCUCAUGCUGAGCAGCUUCCCCAGGGGGCUAAUUCUGGAGAACAACAGAGCAGUAGGAUUGAAGGAGAGGAGAGAGGGGCUGGAGGGAGGCGAGGGGCAGGGACCACAGAGUCUGGAGCGGAAACUUCUAAUGGGGACUCACUACUGGAGUGGCUGAACACCUUCAGACGCACUGGUAAUGCUACUCGCAGUGGGCAGAGUGGCAACCAGACGUGGCGUGCUGUCAGCCGGACCAAUCCUAACAGUGGAGAAUUCCGUUUUAGCCUGGAGAUUAACAUCAACCAUGAUCAGCCAGAGCCAGGGGAGCAUAGUGACACUGUGGACACGGCAGAGCUUCCAAUGACUACACCAAACACUUCUUCACCUUCUAUACGGACUGCUUCCUCUUUCAACAGCUCUCGUCCUGCAACCAUGCCAAGGCCCGCCCCAUAUCCCUCCCCUCGCCCAGCCCUCAGUAGAAGGAUGCAGACACGGCGAACACGCAGUAGUACAGCAACACUUUCAAUGAGCCCCCCUGCACUUCCUGCCCCAGUGCCUCUCCCAACUGCUAUUCAGAGAGGUUCACCUUUGCACUCUUUAGUACCGCCUCCCACUGUUCCCAGCCUUUCCCCAGAUCAGACUACGCCUUCACAACAUUUUACUAUUAAUACCGAAGUAAAUCAGGGUCAUAUUGAUGGUGCCGCUUCGAUAGACUGUCCCCGUGUGUCACCUCAGUCUGGGUCUCAGGACCCAACAGUAGGACAUGAAUCACGUGGCAGUAGAACUCGAUCGCGUGGUCGUGUACGAAGGGCUGCAGGAACAGGUUGGGUUUCAUCCCGACUAUCACGACAAAGUCGCUCCCCAUUGCACAGAUUACCCAUUUCCAGUACCACGCCACAGUCCAACAGUGCUGUCAGUGGUCCUGUUAUUGACACUGUUGAGCCAGGCAGUGGCGCAAGCUCAGUUUCCAUGGAGACAAGGGAGGCUGUGACAGAACCUGCAGCUUUAACAGAAUCAGCUGUAGAGGUAGGAGAACGAGAGAGUGAAUCUCAUCUAAUAGGAACAGGAAGUUCGGCUGUUCGACGACACCCGACCAUUAUGUUGGAUCUGCAGGUAAGAAGGAUUCGACCUGGUGAAAACCGUGAUCGGGACAGCAUCGCUAGCAGAACACGUUCUCGUGCUCGUGUUGCUGAGAACACUGUUACAUUUGAAAGUGACAGCGGUGGAUUCAGACGCACCAUCUCCCGUUCUGAACGAGCUGGAAUUCGUACUUAUGUGAGCACCAUUCGAAUUCCACUGAGGCGCAUCAGUGAGACAGGACUGGGGGAACCCAACUCUACUGCCUUGCGUUCAAUUUUGCGCCAGAUUAUGACUGGAUUUGGGGAGCUGAGCACCCUUAUGGAGACGGAGGCUGAUUCUGAAACUGUUUCACCUAGCCAAACAGAUGCUAAUGACACAAGUACUAACAUCGGUCCAACCAGUCAUCUGCAUACAACUGAAAAUGCAGCUGGCCAGGUUGGUACAGGUGGGGUAAAUCAGGAGAGGGUGGCGGGAAGUGAGGAGGACCAGGGUGGGCAGGCAAGACUUGCUGGUGGUGUAGUGAGCACCACAGAGACAAGGGCUGCCAGCAGAGACACCAACAACCUGGUAGAAAAUGGUACUUUACCCAUCCUGCGGCUGGCACACUUUUUCUUGCUCAAUGGUGAGGAGGAUGAUGAACACCCUAGGGGCCUGACAAAAGAGCAGAUUGACAAUUUGUCUACACGCACCUAUGGUCAGGCCAGCCUGGAGGGGGAGAUGGGCCGUGCUUGCAGUGUUUGCAUCAAUGAGUAUUCCCAGGGCAACAAGUUGCGCCGUCUGCCCUGUUCUCAUGAAUUCCACAUCCACUGCAUUGACCGCUGGCUCUCUGAAAACAACACCUGCCCCAUCUGCAGGCAGCCCAUACUUGCAGUGCAUCAUGACUGACCCAUUCGCCUGCAAACACAACUAUGUUGCUGGUUGGCUAAACUGAGCAGAACCAAGUGGGCCUUGCAUGUACAUAGCACAUUCAUGGUUUACUUUCUUUUAAAAUAUUCAUUGUGUUGAAGUUGAAGAAGGUUGAACCAAAAGUGUGGAAAACAAAACUAUAAAUGCAGAGAAUUAACACUUUAUUUUUUUAGACAUUUUGUUUCAGUAAGUUAUUGAUGUACUUUCUUCUUCCUGUGACCUGUUUUGCUGGUCUGUUUCAAAAAACCUUAGAGGCUCAUUCACAGGAUGGCAUUGAUGCUUAAGGAGCUCUGUUAGUCGCUGCUGAAAUAGUCUAACUUCAACUAUGUCUGAUACAUGUGACUUCUUUGUCACAAAAUGCCUACACAAAUCAUACCUAGACCUAAUUUACUUAGUGGAAGCUGUAAAUAAAAUACCAUUGCUUGUAUUUAAAGGGUUUGAACUACGCUUCUCGUAUGCCAUCCGUUUAGGAUGGAAACAGGAUUCCCACCAUUUUUUAAGCUUUGCUGUUUUAAAGCUUCUUCAUCUAUUUUAAAGUGUCCCCUUUUUUGUUUGGUUGAAGAAUGUAGGAUUUAUUGGGAUUUGUAUGAGCAAUGUAUUUAAUUUAGAUUUAUUUUUAAUUCUGCAAGCCUAAUAGUAUUUGUUUCUGCCCUCUAUACACCUGCAUCGUGUGCAGAAUUCAUUCAGAAAAGUCAUCCAAUAAUCCAUGAGCAGCACAAUAGCAAUGAAAUCCAGAAGGUGUGAUAAUCAGGGAUUCAGAGUUGUAAUUUAGUAAUGAUUUGUGCAAUAUAUAGAGAGAAGACAGUAUUGUUUGUUUUGCUGUUCAUUGUUGUUUACAUUGUAAUGCCUGAUUAUCAUCUCCGCUUAAAACAACUUGUUAACCCUAAACUCAGUGUUUCUGCUUGGUUCCUGUCUCAAUUCCUGGACAGACACUGCAAACUGUCACAACUAUAUGUUAUGCUGCAGUGUGCACAAUUGGAAAAUGAUUUCCAGAACUCACUCGUUACUGCGUAUGAUAAAUCAUCAUUUGUUCCCACACAUUGUUCUGUCUGUUUCAACUCCAGGAUCACAUACAUCUGAAUUGGCUAGGAGCUAAAUACAUCUCUGCAAAAGCUAAGUUGCUAAGAAAACUGUAGGACUGAUGCAGUAUAAUGUGUAAGAAUGUGUGAGCGAGGAUACGUGUGUGAAUAUGAAUAUGUCUUGUGUUACAAAAUGAUGGGAGUAAAGAAAACAUGAUUAUGAUAUUAUGUAAUAAAAUGAGGACAUCUGA